UGCUUUGCAUUCGUUUCGUCAUCUCAUCACGAUAGCAUCCACUUUUCGCAAAGUUCGAUAUUAAAACGAGUUAUAUUUGGAGAGAGGAAGAACGGAGGAGUGGAGAGAGAGAGAGAGAGAGAGGGAAGGAGACAGAGUCACAGAGGAGAGGAGAGAGAGAGAGUUGGGUUGAAAUGCAUUGGGAGACUAAAAUCCCGGAGUCAGAAAAAUAAUAAAAGCCAGAGCUGAAAUAAAAAGGAGCCGUACUGAUUCGCUAUCUUGUUGAAAAAGAUAGAAGCAGAUUUCGUCAUCUUCAUGUUCUGUCUCUGAUGCUUAUUCAUCCUUCCCCUUUCAACAUAUCUCUUGUUGGUGGUGGUCUUGGGGUUGUCGUUGGCUUCAGGAGGGAGAUGGUUUCGAGAUAGUAGAAAUGCAGAGCUUCGUAGAAGUCUCGACCAACUCCAUAAUGUAUUGUUCUUCCUCAUUUGUUCGAUGUGAUGAAGGUAGCCGUAAUCAGUCUCGGUUUUUGGAUCUUGGGGAGCUUGAACAGUCUACUGGAUUCCACCAUGACGAUGUCGUUAAUGUAAAUCCAGGCUCAGUUUUUGGUUUGAAGUCGAGUAACGUCGCUGUUUCUACUAGUCCACAGUUUGGCGGCUUAAGCACGAACAUUAGUUCGUCGGAUAUAACUUCAGCAACAGGAGUCGAUACAGGGCAGUACUCGUUCCAUAAGGGGACAAUGCCCGUUGCUGCUCCCUUGGGGAAUGGGCAUUUUGAGAACUGGGGGGACUCUGGAAUGGUUGAUAACAGCCAACAGACAGAUACAUCUACGGAUCUGGAUACAGAUGAAAAAAACCAGUUUCGAGGUGUUCAGCAAGGAGCACUGGUGUCUGUGGAUUCUACAGACAGAUCAAAGACCAAAUCCGAUCAGAAGACACUUCGUAGAUUGGCUCAGAAUCGUGAAGCAGCACGGAAAAGCCGUCUAAGGAAGAAAGCAUAUGUUCAGCAACUGGAGAGUAGCAGGUUGAAGCUCACUCAGCUAGAGCAAGAGAUUCAGCGAGCACGACAGCAGGGUAUUUUUAUUGCAAAUGGAUAUUCAGGAGACCAAAGCCAUUCAGCAGGUGGAAAUGGGGCUUUAGCAUUCGAUAUGGAAUAUGCACGGUGGCUUGAUGAGCAUCAGAGGCAUAUAAAUGAUUUGAGAACAGCUGUGAACUCUAGUGUGGGUGAUAAUGACCUUCGCCUUCUUGUUGAUAAUGUUAUGACUCAUUAUGAUGAAUUAUUCAGGCUAAAAAGUAUAGGUGCAAAGUCUGAUGUAUUCCACAUGCUCUCAGGCAUGUGGAAGACACCUGCGGAGAGGUGUUUUAUGUGGUUGGGGGGCUUCCGUUCAUCUGAACUUCUCAAGAUUCUUGGGAACCAUCUAGAACCAUUAACAGAUCAGCAGUUGAUGGGCAUAUGUAAUUUGCAGCAAUCUUCCCAACAAGCUGAGGAUGCCUUGUCUCAAGGGAUGGAAGCUUUGCAACAAUCUCUUGCAGAAACCCUAUCAUCUGGUUCUCUUGGUCCUUCUGGUUCUGGAAAUGUUGCUGAUUACAUGGGCCAGAUGGCACUUGCAAUGGGCAAGCUUGGAACACUGGAAAACUUCCUUCACCAGGCUGACCUCCUACGACAGCAGACUCUGCAACAAAUGCAUCGUAUAUUGACCACCCGCCAAGCAGCCCGUGCCCUGCUUGUGAUUAGUGAUUACUUUUCACGGCUGCGGGCACUAAGUUCGUUAUGGUUGGCACGCCCUAGGGACUGAUGGUGUCUUCUUUAGUAUCUUGGCCUUUUGCUGUAGUAAGGUUGCAGAUGGGUUUAAGUUUGCAAUGAUGUAUACAAAGAAUGCCCGAGAGAAUUUGAUGCUGUAAGGUUGAAAGGAAUGGAGAGAUGCAAAUUGAUCAUCAGAUAUGCUCCGAGGGCUUCAGAAUCUCAGAUCGACGACAGCAACUUGGCUUAUAGAUUUGUCACAUCUUAUAUAUCAUAUUCCUUACUCUGAACAUACUGGUAUAGUUAAUCACUUUAUUUACUGAUAUGUUUCAUGUUCCUUUUUCUAUCAGUUAAUUAGAUUAGGUUUUAGGGGAUUGUUAUCGUUGUUCUUACAACAGCAGUGACUGUUUAACGUUACUAUGUAAAUAAUGACUAUAUUUCUCUUAUCUCUAAUCUUUAUUCCUGUUA